AUGAUUGAAGAAGACUGUGCAAUUAUCAAGACAACCAAGGGACAUCAACGGGUAGUGAAGGCCUUUGGCCUCUCACCUACUAGGUGGUGGAAUAAGAGGCAACUCAACGCAAAAAAGACCUGGAGCAUCCCAGACCAUCUCGCGUACCUGUGGGACGAUCUUGAUUUAAUCACCGCUCGGGAGAGUGUCGCACAUCCGUUGUUCCCAAUGAGAAUAGAAUCACUUCUCCUCGCGCUGCUCGCAGAUAAGAUCAAGAAAGAGUCACUUCAUCCUGACGGGCCCCUAGACUCGCCCCACUGGAGCUUUCGGAAGCGGAUGUUCACGCCGGGAAUGACAGACGACCAAAGUCUAGCUCCAGUGAAUAUCAUCGACUACGUUUUGUGGUAUGGCCACUGCUGGGAGCUCGAAACAAACAUGAUUGUGAUGAAGACUAAGAGUCCGGUGCGUCGGAGCUGGGCUCUACUUCAAAAUAUGUCGAAUAUUCACCAUUCUCGCAAACUAGCAGGAAGAAACGCAGUUAUCUACGGUGUCAUGACUGACGGGUUGAAAUGGGUGUUCAUACAUCUAAGUAACACAAGUCGGUAUACAACCAAGGUAUUUUCUUGGGAUGACGAGCGAGACCGGAUCAUUGCCCAGACUCAGGAUAUAAUCGAUCAGGCAGUCGCUCUUCACAGAAAGAUACUAUCACGCUCGUCUCUACCUACACCUACUGUUCACCAAUCUAGUCGAUGUCAACUCAAAGAGAUUUCUGCUCCAUGCAAUGGCUCUGAUGAUGAGAAUGGUCGUUUAAUUGAGGAAAAUACCUAUGAGAUGGAUAUGGGACCCUUGGCUUGGUAA